AUGGCUGCAAUUGUGUGCCACGGAUUGCAGUCACACCUCGAACCCCAACUCUCUGAGUCAAUAGCACUCAAACUGAGAAUCCCUUCCUCACCUCAAUUCUUCAAACCCUCUUUCUGGGAUUCAAACUCAAACUCAAACUUAAACUCAAACUCAUCCUUCACCUUCAAACCCCAUUCCGAAGAAAACAGCAAGCCCACCACACCCUCUGUCUCCAAUUCUUGGAGCUUCCUCGAAGCACUCUCCAACGUCUCAAAAGAACCAUCGCAGGAUCAAACCACCUACGUGCACCCUCAGCAGAAACGCUUCUCGCUCAGCCUCAGCCCGAAGAGCCUCGAACUCUGCACUGAAAACCUCGGAAACGAAAGCGGCAGUGACAGCGAUGAAAGCAGCAUUGACAUGCUCUCUGUAGUGGACGUGAAUUCGGGGACAAGGGAACAAACUCAGCAGAGGCAACCUCGUCAACUUUCAACAGCGAAGAAAGCGAAAACGCAGAAUUUUCCGCCCCCUUUGACGACGAUAAGGGGAUCAGAGGCUCUUCGUGUUAGACCCCACCGUGAAAACGGAAGGCUGGUGAUUGAGGUCACCAAGGUCCCACCGAGUCCCUCGUGCUUUCAGGCUGAAAGAAGCCACGGCCGACUUCGCCUCUGUUUUUUGACAAAUCCCACUUCAAGUUUUGACCCGGAAGAAGUAGAUGACGCAGAAGAAAACGAACCGUUAGCCAAUGAAAAAGAAUCCGAAAACGAAAUAAUUGGACAAGUAAAAGAUACCCAAAAAGAAGACAAGGAAACAGAUGAGGAAGAAGUUGUGGAAGAAAAAGAAAGAGAAGAAGAAGAGGAGGAGGAAUGUGUUGCAUGUGGGUGUGUGGUGAGUGAUGUUACUGUCGAAAAGUACCAGAGGCUGAGAAGGUGCAGAGAAGGUGGUGACCACGAGAACAACGAAUUGUUAAAUUGGAGUGACUCACUUUGUGUGGUUACAUCCUAA